CCGAGCCAGCGGGGCUGCCGCCGAGCCGCUGCCGGCUGCUGUGGGGACAGCACGAAGGCAGCCGGGUGGGGGACACCGCUUCUGCCCCGCCGGACCGGGUCAGCUCAGGAGCCGCGGUGGCCGGGACGCCUGGGUGAUGGAGGGGCCGAGCGGCGAGAGGCUGCGGUGAGCGGGGCGCAGGCAGCGGGGGGCAGCCCCAUGGGGAUUCAGCCACCGGAGGGGCUGGGGCCGGGCCAGCAUGGAGGCCGCCGGCGCCCUCCCGAACGCCUCCGGUAACGGCAGCCACGCCGGCAGCCCCCCGCAUGGCCCGGCGGCCACGGGGCUCAUCCUGCUGGCCGUCCUCGCCGUCCUGCUGGCCACGCUGGUGGGCAACGCGCUGGUGGUGGCGGCCGUCUCCACCAGCCGGGCCCUGCGCGCCCCGCAGAACCUCUUCCUGGUGUCCCUGGCUUCGGCGGACAUCCUGGUGGCCGUCCUCAUCCUGCCCUUCUCGCUGGCCAACGAGGUGAUGGGCUACUGGUACUUCGGCAGCCUGUGGUGCAGCCUCUACCUGGCGCUGGACGUGCUGCUCUGCACGGCCUCCAUCGGGCACCUCUGCGCCAUCAGCCUCGACCGCUACUGGGCCGUCACCCGGGCGGCCCGGCUCAACCUGCGGCGCAGCCCCGGCCGCGUCAAGGGCAUGAUCGGGGCCGUGUGGGCCGCGGCCGCCCUGGUGGCCCUGCCGCCGCUCUUCAAGGCCCGGCCGCGGGCGCGGGUCUGCGAGCUGAGCGACGAGACGUGGUACGUGCUGGCCUCCUGCGUCGCCUCCUUCUUCGCCCCCUGCCUCGUCAUGGUCACCGUCUACUGCCGCAUCCACCGCCUCACCACGCGCAGGAACGCCGCCGUCCUCGCUGCCCGCCGCGGCUCGGCGCCGUGCCCCAGGGAGGCGAGCAGGAGGGCGUCCUGGGCCGCGGCAGCGGGCCGGCGGCGCCGGAGCCAGCACCACAGCGUGUCGCUGUGCCGGCGGCGGCUGGUGCGCGUGCGGGAGCGGCGUUUCACCAUCGUGCUGGCCGUGGUCAUCGGGGCCUUCGUGCUCUGCUGGUUCCCCUUCUUCUUCACCUACAGCCUGGAGGCCGUGUGCGGGGAGGGCUGCCGCGUCUCCAAGCCCCUCUUCAGCUUCUUCUUCUGGAUCGGUUACUGCAACAGCAGCCUCAACCCCGUCAUCUACACUGUCUUCAACAGGGAUUUCCGCGCCGCCUUCCGCAGGCUCCUGGCAGCCCCUGGCCGGCACGGCUCCUAGAGCCCCCCAGGAUGGACAGCUGGGGCAUGGAGGGCUGUGCUGCUGAUCCUGGUCUCGAGGUACUUUCAGAAAUGCAGGAUUUUGCAGGGAGGUGAAUAAAAAGGGACAAAUUGCACACCUGGGGCUGGUGUCUGCCUCCUGGGAGCCUGG